AUGUUCACAGGAAUUGUCGAGCUUCUGGCUCCCAUCAUCGACAUCUCGCCGCAAGAUGCGUCCAAAUCGGGCGGCGGUGGAUACUCGAUGACCAUCGGCAAGACGGCCGCUAUCCUCAAGGACUGCCAUAUCGGCGACAGCAUUGCGGUCAACGGCACCUGUCUCACCGUCACCGAGUUCGACGCCGAUGAAGCCAACCACGGCGGCUACUUCAAGAUCGGUGUCGCCCCAGAGACGCUCAAGAAGACCAAUCUCGGCGAGCUCAAGGUCGGCGAUGGGGUCAACUGCGAGCGCGCCAUGGACGCCCACACGCGCUUUGGCGGUCACUUCGUUCAGGGCCACGUCGACACCACCGCCCUCAUCCGCUCGGUCGUUCCCAACGGCAACGCACUCACCAUCACGCUUCGUCUGCAGCACAAGCCCGAGUCUCUCCCGUUGCCCUCAAGUCUCUCGCCGUACCUCAUCCCCAAGGGCUACGUCACGCUCGACGGUGCCUCGCUUACGCUCAUCGAGGUCUCGCCUGCCACGGGCGGGCUGCUUCCGUCCAACUCGACCGCCGGCGAGGUGCGAGAGGAUGCACAGACUCCCAAGAAGGAGAUCGUCGAGUUUUCCGUCAUGCUCAUCGCGCACACGCAGGAGGUCAUUGGUCUCAGCAGGAAAAAGCCCGGCGACACGGUGAAUGUCGAGCUCGACAUGGUCGGAAAGUACGUCCACCGCGCCGUGCUCGGCUCGCUCGAGAGAGACGCCGAAGAACACGAGUCGUCAAACAGCGUAGAUGCAGGACGAAGCGCAGUGGGCACCGCAGUCGGCCCGGCCUCGCCACAGGCGCUCGAAGGCAUGGUCGAGAGGAUAGUCCGCAAGGUGCUCAGCGAGCAAAAGUAG